AUGGCGGUUGUACUUCACGCAGGAUCUCCAUGACGGAAGAAAAAGCAAUGGAGAGCGGCAAUCUCUCGCCCCUUGGUGGUUCCGAGGAGCAUGAUCCGCUCUGCGCCAUAUGCAACACUGGUUACAAGCAACCUAGAUUACUGGCCUGCCUGCACACCUACUGCGAGGCCUGUCUCGAGUCAACGUUAGAAAAGCAGGCUACAACAAACAAAAGUGGUGCUGGGAAACACGAACUUGAGUGCCCCGAAUGUGGCCACAAGACAAAAAUAUUGGGUCGAGGUGUUGUGGACAGCUGCCCUCUGGAGCAUGUGCUGGUGAAUGAGCUGGAUCGUGCGGCACUGGAAAGUCUAAGCAUGGUGUGCACCUCCUGCAAGGCUAAAGAGACUGCAGUUGCUCGCUGCAACGACUGUGCCUCCUUCUUGUGCAACAACUGUGUUACCGCGCAUCGCUACAUGCGCUGCUUCGAGAGCCAUGCUGUGGUGACCUUUGAAGAGCUGGGAGGCGCAUCGGACCCCGAACAGAUGGCUCAGGUUCACCGGCCACUGACCUGCGUCACCCACACCAGCGAACUGCUCAAACACUACUGCAUGACAUGCCAGGUACCUAUCUGCAAUGAGUGCACGCUAGGCGAGCACAAACCCCCUGAGCACGAAUGCGAGCGUGCUUCGGAGGCGGGCACCAAGCAGAGGGAAGAGCUCACUGCAUUGCUAACGGAAAGCAAAAACCACCUGCAGUCUUUCGAAGAGUCUCUCGAUCUGCUGCAAAAUGGUCUCACAGAUCUGCAGCAGCAGCGGGACACAGCCAAGACAAUAAUCCAGGAUACCUUUGAGAAGUACAAGUCCUUCCUGGAACAACGUCAAAAACAACUCCUUGAAGAACUGGAGGACUUGCACUCUGAGGAAGAGCUACACAUAAUGGACUCGCUUCACCUAGCAGAGAAGACUACCAUGCACAUCGAAGAGGCCUGCAACUUUGGGAAACGUCUGCUGGAAAAUGCAAAUGAUGUUGAGCUCCUGGCUCUCAAAGAGGUGGUGAGCACGCGCCUGAGAAGCCUCAUUGCAGACACCCCAAAACUGGAAGCGCCGGGUGAAAUGACCUUCGAGUUCGAUGUGGAGAACUUUGAGAAAGUGCUGCCUUCUCUCUGUGGCCAGCUGCGACGGCCUCAUAUUGCAUCUGUACCUUCACCGCCGCCUCCGCCGGCAGCGCAAGCUCCUCUCUCAGCAUCGCCAACUCCUUCUUCCUCUCCCGUUGGUUGUCUUGGAGGCAAUGCUUCUUCCUCGCCCAUCCAUUCUGCCUCCUCCUCCAUCGGCGGGGGCAACGUGUCUCCACUGCAUUCCGCAGCAUCGUCACUCGGGAGCGGUGUCAGCAGUGCACCUAUGGUUGUCGGGUGUGCCAGCAUGUCCCCCAUUCACACCAGUGCAUCUCUGGCUGCAGUUGCUGGUGGCAGUUUGUCACCACCUCUGCAUCAUUCUGGAGCACCAUCGUUGGAGGAUGCUGCAGCAGUUGGAGACCCGUUUGCUGCGCUUUCCGCCGCAGCACCUCUAGAGGUUGGUCUGCUGACGAGUGCAGCAGCACAGUACAACCUAGCGCGGCUGGCAAAUAUGGCCGAAAGCCCCGAAGACAAUGAGUCAACAUCGGAUGGCACCAUCACAAUGGCAGACCUGCUGCUGGACACAUCACUGAGUGUAUCGGCAGCUGAACAGAAUGUGCUGAACAACCUGACUGCCCUUGCCAAGCUCGGCUCGGUGUCACUCAAUAACGCUGGCCAAAUCAUGUUGAAUGGCCAGGUGGUGCCGGGGCUGACUCUGGAGCCAAAUCCACAGACGUCUCCUCCUCCCCCUCUGCUCUCCUCUGGGCGGCCAAGCAGCAGCAGCAGCGGAAGCCUCAUGGGUUCCCAUCAGCAGCUGCUGGACUCUCUGCUCAAUGGCUCAGCACUCUCCCCACGCACCUCUUCCCGAGGAUCACCCAUGCUUGACAGCCUGGUCAAUGGCAGCUCCAUGUUGGGACAAAGGGUGCCCAUCCUGGCAGCUGGCAGUGGCCUCGUGUCACCAGCACUACCAGUGCAGUCGGGGUACGUGCCUCCUCCACGCAGUUCCAGCACGAAGUUGAACACGAUGCAGAUAAGGUACCUGUCACUUGUGUGCAAAUUUGGCCAAUUGGGCCCGAGCAAGGGCCAGUUCAGCUCGCCGCACGGCUUCUGCUUGGGCCUCGAAGAAGAAAUUAUAGUGGCCGACACCAACAAUCAUCGCAUCCAGGUGUUUGACAAGGCUGGAGAGUUCAAGUAUACCUUUGGAAUAGCUGGAAAGGAGGAAGGGCAGCUGUGGUAUCCACGAAAGGUGGCUGUUAUCAAGAGCAGUGGAAAGUACGUCAUUUGCGAUCGAGGGAACGAGCGGUCACGUAUGCAGAUAUUCACCAAGGGUGGCCACUUUAUCAAGAAGAUUGCAAUUCGUUACAUUGACAUCGUAGCAGGCCUGGCCAUCACCGCAGAGAAUAAGAUAGUCGCUGUGGACAGUGUGUCGCCAACUGUAUUUGUCAUUUCAGAGGCAGGCGAGCUUUUGCUAUGGUUUGACUGCAGCGAGUACAUGAGAGAGCCCUCGGACAUCGCCAUCAGUGGCCGGGAGUACUACAUCUGCGAUUUCAAGGGCCACUGUGUCAUAGUGUUCAGUGACGAAGGUCACUUUAUCCGCAAGAUUGGAUGCGAUGGGAUGACCAACUUCCCCAACGGUAUCGACAUCAGCGACGCAGGCGACGUGCUCGUGGGGGACAGCCAUGGCAAUCGUUUUCAUGUUGUGGUCUUCUCACGUGAAGGCUUGCUCCUGUCAGAGUUUGAGUGCCCCUACGUGAAAGUGAGCCGCUGCUGUGGCCUCAAGAUCACCUCAGAGGGCUAUGUGGUCACACUGGCUAAGAACAACCACCAUGUGCUUGUGCUCAACACCCUCUACAUUGUCUGAAGGGGGUUGGCAAGUGGGGUGUCGUUAGCACCUUGCUGUCGCUGUUGGUCGUGCACACCACUGUCUCUGCCCUACCUCCGAAGCGGCGGGUUUUCAGCUGGCUGUGUUUCUCCCCCACUCAACCUUUACAUUUUGUUUUAUUUUGUUGCCCCUCAUUAGUACCUCUGGCCAGCCUGCCUGACUUUCGCUGUGCGCCCACCCCCUCCUCCCGGCAUCCUCCGGCAUCCUUUUGAUGCACGUGUGUGGGCUCUGUUUGGCCGCACCAGGGAGGAGGCCUGCUCCUGCAAGCAUGGCUCUCUGCCUUCAUUUGAUCAUUCGUUAUUUGCAACGUGUGCACUGUUCUCCUUCAUUUCAUCAGGUGCCUUAUCCAGUUUUUUUGCUUGUUAUGAUCACUGCCCCUUUAGUUUGUUGCCAUUUUGCACAGCCAUGUCAUACCUAACUUUACAUUUUGAUCGGCUGCUUCUCACCUUCCUUCAUUUUUCUUCUACGCUUCAUUUUUCCUCAUAAAUUGCGAAGCAGCAGCUCCUUUGGAACUAUUCCUGGGCAUUGUUACUUUUUUUUUAGAAAAGCUAGACAUGAGUGCUGCCUCUAAAGCAUGCAAGCAGAGCUGGUUCACCCCUAUUUGCCCUACUUCAUCAAUCAUUAAUUGUGUUUCUAUUUUUAAAGGUUUGUCCGUUUUCUGCAACGUUUUCUCAUGAGUUCGCAACUGCCCUGCACUGUUUAUCGGCCAUUCCACAUCAUCGUGUCUUUUUCUUUUUUUUAACUACUAAAUGUUUCUUCAGUUGCACUCCCGUCUUUCACCUGCCUUCUCUGUGCGUUAACAGCUAUAGCUAGGCCCCCAAAGACACGCAAUGUAAUAAGUUACACAUUUAAGCAUUCUUUCUUCUGACCGUCUCACAAAUCCUCAAUGUCCACUGGUGUUUCUAUCCACAUAUGAAUAGCAAGAGCGAGUGUUUGAACGAUGUCGUAUUUUAGUGCAUUCACUCCUGCUCUUGUUUUUCCUGGCCACCUACUGUUUUCGCGCACGAGCUUGAGAAGACACACAAAUUGCUAACUGUGAUAUUCUUAAAAUGUUUUUUUGCUGUGCAGGUAAUGUUGUUAACAUUUCACUUUUUUUUCUUUUCAGCUCGUUGAAACAGUUUCUUGUCUGGCCUGUAAUCUCAUCUUUUAAGGUCCAGUCUUCUUUUUCCAUUUUUUACUCGAAGUAUUCUGGCCAGUUCUUUGCAAGUGUAAAUGAGCAUUACAGUCUUGUAAGCUAUUCCAGUACAAACGUCUGUUUCUUCUUCUUUUUUUUUUCUUCGGAGAUUUUUUUUCCGGUGCGCGUUGCCUUGUUGAGGCGCGACAUUCCCUGCCUUAGCUAGGAGCUUGUUUUGUGCUCCUGUUAGUAUUCUGGGUAGCCGUCUACUGUCUACUUAUACUUAGCAUGUGAAAACGGGGGAUAAGUAAAGCAUGUUUAUUUACAUGGCUGGUCUCUCAACAUUAUAGCAGCUAUGUACGAGUAUGCCAGCACAGGUGGAGCAGUUUAGAAGCUUCAUGUGCUCGGCAUUCGCGGGUGUUGCAUUUCGCAAUAUUUGCAGUGGUGGUCGUACGCGACCCUGAAUCGUGAGCAUCCAGCUUUACUGCUGCUUACAUGGCCCCCACUCUUUCUCCUCUUGUUAUUAUUAUUUUCUAAAGUGAAAGAGUAAUCCGAAUAGGGACAUAUUCUUACUUUUUCUCUGUUUCCAUUUUCCUACAAUGUCACCAGUCCCCUUGUAAUUUCCUGUAACAUUUUAAAGCAGUAAACAUCGGAUACAGAUUGGGCCUUUUUCCCACUCCUGCUAGGUAUUCUCAGGUUUAACGUCAACUAUUUGAAGACAUCAACAGUCUUAGAAGGAUCAUAUAAAUAUAUAUAUAUAUAUAGUAUAUGUAUACACACAACAUAUAUAUAUAUAUACCCUUGUGCCUAGUCCUUUUACUAUGAUUUAGUGGUUUUUAUACAUAUAUAUAUAUAUAGUAUAUACAUGCAUAGCGAACGUGCCAUGUGGGUUCACUCCCAGCUAUAUUCUGAAGCAAAAAAAAGAAAAAAAGACGGUAUAUGUACCAUUACUCGCAGGUGUAUCACAAAGCAGUGUUAACAGCUGAAACGGUGUUUAAACACGAACAGCAGCAGCAGCCGCUACCACUGCAGCAGCAUUGUCAUCGUCAUUAGAGGAGAUUUGUGACACAAUCUUUCUGCUCUUUCUCUGUUUUCUUCACUUUCUCUCGAUGUGGGCACUCGUAUACUUGCACUGACAACUACUAUUUCCACGUCGUCCCACGUUUUCCCCUCUGCACCCUCGAGAGCCAAACGGAAAGUUUUUAAAAAUAGGUGAAAAGAAAACUGAUGCUCAAGCGGCUCUUGUGUCUUCUCACGCACAGUCCCUCCUUCCGUCAUUUCUCACCCUGUUGGCUUUUGCGCUUUCAAUGCGGACACUGUUACUGCAUUCAGCCUUUGUUGUCUGCAUUGGUUGUUUGAUUUUAGAACUGUAUGUGGGGCAGGUGAUUGUGUGACGAUUGUCGCAGCUCGCGGAGUCUAGGUCCGAUUUGCGGUUCCUCGCGUACGGUAGCACGUUUUAGUAAAGUCUGGCUGCUUCUGCUUUUUUUGAGCCGAUGGAGUAAUGUGGAGGAGGAGGGUGCAUUGCGUAAUUUUGCCGGCUUCGGAGGUGGGACUGUCCAGUGGGCUGCACCUUGCAGUACAGAGAGCAAAGGGAGGGGAAAUACUUGCAGCCAAAAGUUCCUGUAUAAUCUUUUUUUUUUUUUGACCAUGUGACAAGCUUGUUGUGCUUUAUUUUAUUUUUUCACCAGAGCAUUUGUGGUCACUUCAUGUGCUGCAUUAUUUAGGGUUCAUCGACUCUGUGUAUGUUUCUUGUGGUUCUUUUUUUGCGUGUGUGUGGGUGAGUGCGUGCACUGUUUGUGCAACGUUUACGAAGUGCGGUGGCUGCAUUUGAUACCACCUUUUUCUGUUGUUGGCACCAGUGCGUUUGGUUUUUCCUUCGCCUUAAAAAAAAAUUAUAUUAAUGUGCUGUAGUCGCAAAGGUUUUGUUGACGAGCAAGCCGAAUUUCGCUGCUCACUUUUCAUUCCUAGAUGCGCACCUUUAUUAUCUACUGCUUUCGAGACCCGCUUUCCAGGCCAAUCACCAGUGUCUCUUCUGUUUAGUCUUUAUUUUUGCAUUGUGCGAUUACUCCGGCCCCGUUCACUUGGCACAGUUAAAUACUGCACACACUUUGCCUAGUGUGUACAUAUUUUCUACGCAUACCUCAAUUUUACAUCAUCUUAAUUUUGGUAUCGUGCAGCUAUGCAGCACGCACCUCGAACUGAUGAAGCGCAGUUCCCUUUAUUAUACAUUUUUCCUUCCUGCUUUUUGUUUUUCCCGCAUGCGGUCAUUUGUUGCAAACGAGACGACGUAGAUUUCUCCCGAUUUCUCGUUUUCUAUAGUUUUACAAUUAGCUCAUCCUCGUGUGUUGUUUCUUUUGCUUGUGUAGUGUGCUGCCUGCAAUAAUAUUUUUGCCUUUGUUUGUUCAGUGUACAUCAUGAGAAGGAAAAAAAGACAAUUUGCCUUUAGAGCCAUUUUUUCCCUCAAUUUCUUUAUUGCCAUUUUCUUUUUUUAUUAACAGUGCAUUUGCAUCUCUAGCGUGCCUGAUGUUACGUACACACGUAUAUAUAUGUGUGUGUACACACACAUAUACUUAUCAUGUUAUUAUUAACGGUGGAGAGUUUGCUGCCACGUGUUUUACUCCCGCGUCACGCAUGACGCCGUGCGCUGCGCUGUCACUUUGCGCUCUUGCAAAGUUUUGCGUGCGUGUCUUGCCAGCAAUAUUGUGAAGGGAUGGGUGCAGGCAGCAAGCAGCAGCCAAGUGCGAGCGCUUUUCGCCAACAUUCCAUGGCAGCCACUUUUUAGGCGCUCUAUAAUAUAUAUUUUUCUUUGAAGAAACUGCUGAAAGAGGAAAUUGCCUUCUUUUACCAGAUCUUAUACAACCCCGUCUCUUUUGAAUAACUUCCCAUUCUUGCCUUCACGUUUGUUUUGAGUAGUUCUUUCACUGGCGGAGCUGCUCGAUACGAAUUGGUGGAGGGGAGAAAAAUAAAGUCAACUUCUCCGUUGCCUUUCAUUUAAAGACAGUACAAUGCUUCUUUCCCAGUAACAUGUGGUGGCAAAACCCAUAAUACAUGGUGUUCAUUUUUAUAAAAUAACUUUCUUUUUUUUUUCUCCUCCCUUCUUUUCUUUAAAGAGCCCUUGCCUUUGUCUCUCGUUCUGUGCCUUUCGUGUUUUUCUUUGCAAAUUUUUGCAAGGCAUCCAUGUGUGCAUACAUUUACAUGCAUCUAGUCAGAAUCUUGAGCACUUGCGUGCUUUUUUUUUUCUUGUGUGAGCUUAUUAGAAAAGCGUUGAGAGCUUGAAAAGUGUGCCCUGCUUUCCUUUUGGAAGCUGAUCCCUUGGCUUUGCUUGUUUACAAUCAUUAUUUCUAUACUAUUUCCCUUGUUUGCUCUUUUGUUUGAUGUUACUUUUAAUUGAGGUAUUUUAUGCCUAUUAAAAAACAAAAUUGGCAGUGCCUGCAGUUAGCAUGGGAACCUCGCACUGAAAAGUGCUGUUCCAGUGCUUUCGCGAUGAGCGUCUUACCUUGCAGGGGGCACCGACUGUUAUAUCAAGUGUUUAGCAUUUCCCUGGGCAUUUCUUGCCUUCUUGCAACUGGUGCCCCCAAAAGUUGAAGCAUCUCACGCGUGCUUGAAGCAAAGAACAUCAGUGCCGUGCUUUAUAAGCAUCCAUUCGUUUAAAAAGGAUAGAAAUGAGAGAAAUUGUCUUGGCAGGUAUCAACUUGGAGGAACAAAGUGAAGCAUAAUAGAACUUCUCACAUUUACAGUGAUUUCAUUCUUCUGCUUUUUGUUUGUUUGAGAGUUGUAAGGUUUUGUCUUUUUGCAAUGUGUGUGCAUGUGCGGUGAUACGUUUUUUUUAUUCCGCUUGUUUUACAAAUCGCUGUGACAAGACUGUGACACUCAUUUUUUAUUUCUCAUUUGUCGGGGACGAGACGUUUUCCCCAACUGACAAGCCUUUAUUUGCACGUAGUCUGCCAUUAUUAUUAUUGUACAACAUGAAUAUUAUACUAUUGUAUACUAUACAUUACCCAAUAGUGAUUGUUUGCUGGGGAAAGGGCAGUAUUUUUCCUAUGAUAUUUUUUUUUUGCAGGGUCCUUAAUCAUUUGUUUUUAUUUUUGUGUCUUUCAGCAAAGAUAGUUGUUUGUGAAGUAGAUAGAACGUGCCCCUCAUCUACUUGAUAGGGUUGAUGAAACCAGGCCUUCCUUUUUUUUCUUGUCGAUACUUUUACAAGCCAUACAAAAUUUGUUUUAAUCUUAUUCUUUUGGUCGCAUAAUCUUUGUUGGCAAGUAGCUUACGGUACAUUGCACUGCUUCACAACAUUUACUGUUCUUAACCUUUACAAGGCCAUCUUGUACUCUCUUGCACCAUAUCUGCUAGUGCCUUUCUGUUGAUAUUGAGCAGACUAGCUCAUGCAGCUUAUCAUUUUCCUCACUUGCUGUUCACUGCGAUUGCCACGACUCAUCAACUAUGCACACCAUCACUCUUCUAUUGGCAGCGUACAUCCAUUCUAUCCCCACUCAUCUUGCCAUAACAUUGGAAAGAAAAAAAAAUGUUUUGUAGAAAAGUUUGUAUGAAUUCCCCUCUCUCCUUGCACAUUUUUUUCUUCAGUCCACACGUUAUCUAUUCACUCUUCAUGAGAUAUAUGUAUACAUUUUUUUUUUCUGUAUUCUGUGACACUUGUUUACUGCUUAGGCUGUUUCCGCAGCUUGUACUACCAGACUAGUCCAUUUAUAUUGAGACAGCGUGAAGUGAAGCUUACACAAACUUAGACUGCAUGAGUGAGAUUUAGGGAUAAGAGAGAGAACCGGUAACCACUGUGCUGACCCCCUCCCCGUAAUUCCUCUUGUUUUUCAUUUUUGUACUGCCUUUUACCUCAGUAGCUCCACACAUGCACUCACACCCCUUGUCUGUUGUUAGGUCCUCCUUGUGAAGCAGAAAUCAGAAGUGUCGGGUGUCAAGAGUUAACCACGCAGUGAACAAGAGGCCAUGUGUGUGUGCGUGUGUAUGUGUAGGAAGAGAGCCUAUUUUUUUGUGUUAUUCUUUUUCCACACUUAAUCUAUGCAAAGAUGUUAUUUUGCCUGUGGCAUGCGCUUGCAACACUGUUUGGCCGCUGCGGGUUUUGCUGGAAGAGUUCAGUCAGUAUUCCAGGGGCCCAGUCUUGCUCGCUGCCUUUGUGGUAUCCUUUCCCUCCCCACCAUAUAUAUAUAUUUUUCGACGCCCGUCUUUUGCACUGCGGCAUCGCCCGCUUUCAUAAGGAUGGGCGCCCACCCCCUUUAACACUUGAAUAAUCCUAGAGCAAUAAAGAAGCGUGCUAGAUGCUACAUACUGAGGCCCCCUUCCUCGGGAGCAGUCACUUUUUCAGGCCAUAAAAAACGCGUCGAUUUGCAACCGCACAAUUGCUGCCACUGCCGUGUCCGGUUUUUCCCACCUCUGCAUCCUAUUUCACUGGUUCUUGCAAUCAGGGACACGUGUUGUCCUGGCAUUUGCAAUGGGAGAGUCGAGUCUCUUGUAGCUGGCAUGCGGCAUUGAAGACAUAGGCCACCUGGCCAUAUAGCAGCUGUCUCGUUUGGCCACACUGUAAAAAAAAGAAAUUGUGCUGAAAUCGGUGUAUCUGCGGUUGUUGCCAUGAUUCUGAGGUACCCUUCAUUAUGCAGGUGCCAUCAACUUGUGUAUACGGGACAGUAGCCACUGUUAAAGCUUGCCAUCGCAGUCAUGCAGUUUGUCGGGCAUGUUUAAGGCUUUUCGCAGAGAACUCGGGCACACGGCUCUUGCUGCGUUAAACAUAGGGCAUGCCUAGCAAGCUCAAAGGCAGCUUGCAGUGCCACCUGGAAAUGAAUGUACCCAAUAAUCAUGGCCACAAGCCGAGUGCGAUGCGACGUAAAUGCUCAUUUUGGUAUAAAUUUGUUGCAGUGUGGUGUGAUUGCACAGGGUGCGAAAAUUUUGGUACCGUCAAAGGUGACCCAGUUGGCAGGCAAGACAAGAGCGUCUGAUAAGCUGCUAAUGCAGCAUGGCAGAUUUAUUUAUUUAGUAGCAUGCCGCAGUGAAUGCAGAUAUUGGGGGAGGGGAGACGUGUGACCUCACAUUGCUGGCGUUUUCCAGUGCUUCCGGGUGUUAAACGAAUAUAUAUAUAUAUAUAUACAUACUAUAUAUACACUUUUUUUUUCUCUCAUUCCUUGAAUUCACUCAACCCCUACUGCACCACUUCAAGGCGGAGCAGAUUCCUUAUCGCUUUCUCACACACUCUCAUUGUAAAAGCCGAAAGUAGACCAAAUUCCUUGGGCCAUCCUUGUUGCAAGUGAUGUCAUGUGGUAGUUUCUCUGAAGUGUUGCGAAAAAAUGUCAACAAAAGCUCGAAAAAAAGUUAUUUUCUCCCUCUUUUCAAUCCCCCCCAUGUUUCCGUGGUUUACACUUUUGAGACGUUUAAUGUUUAUGUAUUUUACACGAGCACUGAUAUAUUUAUGGUGCUGUUUUACAAUGGCAAGAAUUUAAAGUGGUAAAAAUAACAAAAAAAAUAGAUGUGCAGUUCACCCAAGCUUGCAUACUGCAAGUAUGUUACCAUGCGGAGCAGGAGAGGACAGGAGGUGAUGAUAAAAAAAGUCGGAGCAGCCAUUUUUUUGCCAUCCAAGCUGGAUCUUGUUGAGAUUUUUGCGCUGGCUUUGUGCCUACAUGGCUGUUCAUUACAUAAGUGGAGGUGAUGGAGACGAAAAAACAAGUUGAAGUAUAUAUACAUAUAUAUGUUGGUACAAAGCAGUUUUUUCUCGUCUCGUGUGCAUGGCUCUUGUGAGCGUUCCAUGACACUAUUGUCUGGGCAUUUGCUGAACCAUGCGUCCGAGAUGCUCGGUUAUAUUGCAUUUACUUGUACUAUUUUUGGAAAGCAGUUAAAUGGAAAUGAUUUGUAACAAUGUUUCAUGUUGAUUCCAAUAAAGGCAGUUGCAACCGUUUA